CAUUGACACUUAACACUUGGAGGCGAAACAGUCGAUGCGCUCGCUGACUGACGGACGAGGCUCGGUAUUUCGCUACAACUGCAAUAUAUAACUUAAUCUCGACCCGCACGCAUCUUUUAGUUUAGAGCUGGUCGCGGUCCGCGUGCUGCAAAAUGUUGACCAAAAGGGUGCUCGGUUCCGUUGUGCUGUUCGUACUAGUGACGGUGGCCAGUGUCAGUGAUGGGGCAAGGAUAUUGGCGAUUUUUCCCGCGCCGGCGAAAAGUCAUCAAAUAGUGUUCCAAUCGUUGAUGAGGGGGUUGCUUGAGCGGGGUCAUUCCAUCGUCAUGAUGACGCCAGAUCCUUUCGUAACGGAUAAUCCAAAUAUUACGCAAAUCAAUUGGAACUACGCGCACAAAAUAGUGGAAGAAAACUUUGAUGUGGCAAAGUUAAGACAACAAAAUUGUAAUUCUUUGGACAUUGCUAUGGGUCUUUUAAAAGUGACAGAACGGUUUAUCAGAGCAGAACUAGCUCAUCCGGAAGUGCAGGCAUUGAUUCGAAAUGCCAACGACGAACACUUUGAUGUUUUGAUCGUGGAAUAUUUCCAAAUGACACCGUUCUUCGCAUUCGCCGAGUUGUUCAAUGUGCCCAUGAUUGGAGUCACGUCGAUCGAUUCCAUUUCGAUGGCCCACCAAGUGAUCGGAAACGUUAUGAAUGUGGUUGCCCACCAGGAAAUGAAUCACAAAUUUUCAUCAAAUCCAAACUUUUUUCAAAGAAUUGAAGCGGUUGUGACGAAAAUAUUCAUCGAUUACUAUCUAAUUCCUCGCGAGUUUGUGAAAUAUGAUCGAAUUAUUGAGCAAAACUUUGGUGGAAACAUGUCUAAAUCCGUAGAGCUGAUGCAUCGGAUAGACUUCUUGAUGACCAACGUGGACCCAACAAUGGGAUUCAUUCGUCCGAUCGUGCCUCAAGCGAUACAGUUGGGAUUCCUACAUGUCAAACCUCCGAAGCCGUUACCACAGGAGCUGCAGCAGUACAUCGAUGGAUCCCGACAUGGAGUGAUUUACUUCAGUCUGGGCACUCUGAUACGCAGUGAUUCAAUAAAUCAGAAGAAUUUGAAAAUUUUCGUUGACACAUUCAAAUCACUCAAAUACGACAUUUUGUGGAAGUGCGACAGUGAAGUUGAUCUCAACGGUACGAGUAACAUUAGGAUUUCGAAGUGGUUCCCACAACAGGAUGUGCUCGCCCAUCCGAACGUUAAACUGUUCGUGACCCAGGGAGGACAGCAGUCAAUGGAGGAAGCCGUGGAUCGGCAAGUGCCCAUGGUGGUGAUACCGUUUAAUUUCGAUCAGUUCGGGAACGGAGACAAGAUCGUCGAACGAGGCAUAGGCAAAUCAAUCUGGAUGGAAAACUUGUCGACGGAUAGUCUCCUAUCGGCAAUCGUGGAAGUGAUAGGAAACAAAAAAUACAAACGCAACAUCGAACGUCUAUCCAAGCUGGUGCGAGACCAACCGAUGCAACCGCUGGAUAAAGCCAUCUGGUGGACAGAGUACAUCAUACGGAACAAGGGAGCGUCCCACCUGCGGUACAAACAGGCCCGAAUGCCAGCCUGGCAGUAUCACUAUUACGAUGUGGUGGCCACACUGCUAGCCGCAGCCCUGGUCAUCGUUGCCCUGAUUGCCUAUGUCGUCAAGCGUUUGCUGAGCUACCUGCUAUUACGGGGACCGUGGUUGGCCGCCCUGAGGGUGAAGCAGAAAGCACUGUAGAAGACCGUGCUGGAGACAGGCUGGGAAAGAAAAGAAUGAAUGCUAAUAUGAAUGGACGAAGGUGAAUGAAUGAAAAGAGAUGUGUGUGACAAAUGAUCGUCGUCGACAAACAGAGAAAAGAACUCGCGCCCGUCAUUUGCUUUUGAUGUGCGGCGAUUGUUAGCGCUUUUUGGUGCUUUUCGGCUGGAUAUGUCGGUCGCAUAACCUUGCACGAAAACGCGUUGCCCUAACGAGCUUUGUUGACACAUGUCCAUGUGCAAAAGUCAACAGAUGGAGGCUGUUAAGGUUUAACCCGAAAACGAGGUGCGCUUGACGUAAUUCCCAAUUUAGGUUAACGGCACCCAAUACUAGUUAGGUGUUUAUUUAAAUGGUUAGCACUAUCGAAAUAUGGUAACCGAUAGCUGGUACGCUACUUACAAUUCAAUGAUCAACCAUUGAUGGUGAAAAGAGUAGGAAUGAUCUGAAGGUUUAUCUUAUUAGAUAGUUGGUUAUAAUUGUAGGUUCUUUCAUCGAUUUUACUGUAAAUAGUAAGUAGAUUGGAAUAUAUUUUAUUGAAAUAUA